AUGUUCUGCCCAAUCUGUCAUCCCAAUCACCUCUAUGUCGAAGCCCCCGUCUUCAUAACAAGCUUUCAAAUCCACGAGACCCACGGCACGACAGCCCCAGAUGCAAGGUUCCCCAGCCUCACUACCUUCGACCAAGGCCAGCUCAAGCUGGCGCAACAUCUCAGCACGAUUCUUCCUCAUGAAUGCCGCCAGUCUUUCGAGGCAUGCCGCAUCGCCGCUCUAAAAGCCUACGACGGGUUUAAAAAGCUCACCGACCUCCACUCCUUUCGCUACAAGGCUAUGUGUCCACAGGCUGAUGUCGCUGAUGGCCCUAACACCGACACCAACACUGACGCUGGUGCUGGCGUUGAGGCUGACAAUCCAGGCCCUCCCAGCGAUUCAUACGAGCCAGAACCAGAGCAGCCAAACAAACCAGAUUAUCCCGACCUUCCCCCUGUCCCUGUUCCCUUCUCCGCAUUUGCUCUACACUGCGCGUCCAUCGACCACCUCCUCAACUGGCCCGUCCUUCACAACCAAGACACCCUAACCGUUUCCCAUCCGCCCAAGAUACCGCCUGAAAUACUCUCCUUCAUGGUGAAUCAGUCUGCUUACGAGGCAUACAUGGACGCGUUCCAGGAUGAAGUGGACCAGUACAUCACAGGCGUCUACGAGGGAUAUGGAAAGGCGAAGAAGGAUUUGGAAGAGACAAUUUGGAAAUCAGGGAUAGGGGAAAUGAAUAUACGCAUGUGGAGACAGUUCUGGGAGGAGGGCUUCCUGGCGCAGAAUGAGAAGUGGGAGGAGGACCUGAGGAAUGUGGUGCUGCCGGAGUGGGAUGAGAUCGUAGAUGAGUUGUAUCAAGCUAUCUUGGAGAGAGUUGAAGGGGCGGACGGGAUGAUGAAUAUGUUGCAGGCUUCUGAGAGGAAGGGCGAGGAUGGUGAGGAGGGUGUUUUUGUUGAUGAUGAUUCAGCUAGCUUCUCAAGCUAUGAUGCGAUCAGCUCUGUGGUGGAAGAUAUUGCGUCGAUGUAA